GGAUCCUCAUCGUCGCCAUAGCGUAGUGAACUUCACCCAGAGUUUCUAUUUCAGAGGUCAUCUGUGUAUCUCGACUGAGCUACUUGGCAUGAACCUUUACGAAUUCAUAAAAGCCCACGAUUUCAGAGGAUUCUCUCUGAAACUGAUCCGUACCUUUACCAAGCAGCUUCUCAGCACGCUCAUCCUCCUACAAAGCAAAAAGGUUAUCCAUUGUGACCUGAAGCCGGAGAAUAUUCUUCUCGUUCAUCCCAUGCGGCCUGAAAUCAGGGUAAUCGACUUCGGUUCGAGUUGUUUUGAGCAUGAAAAGGUGUAUACCUACAUCCAGAGUCGAUUCUACCGUUCCCCCGAGGUUAUCCUUGGCAUGUCGUAUGGCCUGCCGAUUGAUAUGUGGAGUUUGGGAUGUAUCCUCGCUGAGCUAUACACCGGAUACCCCAUAUUCCCUGGAGAAAAUGAGCAGGAACAGCUGGCCUGUAUCAUGGAAGUAUUCGGACCGCCGGAGAAACAUUUGAUAGAAAAGAGCACCCGCAAGAAGCUGUUCUUCGACUCGUUGGGCAAACCGCGGUUGACUGUGUCCUCGAAAGGACGCCGACGCAGACCAAGCUCAAAGGAUCUCAAGCAGGCUCUCAAGUGUGACAAUGAGCCCUUCCUUGAUUUCGUUGCGGGUUGCCUCCGAUGGGAUCCCUCCCGCCGGCUCAGUCCGACUGACGCCCUGAACCAUGAAUUUAUCACUGGCAUCAAAGCCCCGAGUCGAUCGCGGCUCUAUCUUAGCUCCAACACAAGCUCUCCUGUGAAGCGUGUGCACACAAUGUCUACACCAUCGUCGCGCCCUCUUCCGGAGCCCCCGGGCACCAGUCUCAGGAACGGCACGGCGGUGAAGAACGACUUGUCCAACAACUCUCCCAUGAAACAGACGCCUGUGAAGAGAGCACCAAAUGGUGCGCAGGCACCGUCAUCGGUGAGAAAAGCAUCCAACGGUGGUUCUCUAUCUGGAUCUGCCCUGCCGAGAGUCGCUGCGAGGAACGUCAGUUCGAAAUCUGAUCUCGCGGCGGCAGCGGCAGCAACAAGUCUGGUAAGUUUGUGACCAUUGGUACAAUUCUCCGGCGCCAGAAACUCCAAGCUAACUGUGGCACAGAGAUCGAGAUAGCCGCUGGCUGCGUUGAGUCGCUUUUUUCUUUCUUAUACAUUUUUAAUAAACGUUUUGAUUUUGCAGUUCUCUUCUCUACUGUCAU